AGAGGUCAACAAUAAUGGAAGAGUGAAUCUUUUUUACUGACUUAUACUCUUUUUUGUCAACUUUUUCAUAAAAUAAUUACGAACCAAUAACCACUCUGAGAUACAUGUAUCAGAGUCUUUAGUAAUUAAAGAAGAUUAUAUACUACUAUGUGUUAGGAGCUUUUCCUAAGUGUUAAAUGUAUGUGGUAUGUACUAUGUAGAGAUAUAUAUUAGGCUUUAAAUGUAUACAGUGAUUUAUAUACAUAGGAGAUUCAGAAUACUCUGACUGCAUAUAUUUCAGCACUGUCCAUGCAAAUUUAAUUAUAGUUAUUUCAGAAAGAAAAUUCAGAAUAUAUUUUGAGAUAUUUUCUAAAAAUGUUUGAGAAAUCUCUUUGUCGACCAAACAAAGAAUGCUUGAGAUAUUUUGGGUUCGUAUUGACGACUGAUUUAUAGUAUUUUUAUUUGUUUACGAUUUCUCCGAUGCUUAGUCGAUGCAAAUGUUGGAUAUUCGACACGUAGUAAUGUUCGUCUCCCACUUGUGCUCAGAUUCCACUCGCAACACUGAUUCACCAUUCACGAAGAUGUGUAUACGACCACGUCUAUGUAUGCGCCGUCGUAUAACUGCAAAGAAAAUACACAAUUAAUUAAUAUCUAAGAAGAGCAUACAGAUGAACUAUACAGCGAGUGUACAAAUUGCUCAGCAAAGACCCUCAAAAUACAAGUUUGGAGAUAAAGAUUACUUAGAGCAAUAGAGCUUCCGUGACAGAAAAAAAGAUUACUUAGGGUAUUUCCAUCCAUACUCCAUUUUUUCCUAUGUAAUGGAGUAAAUGUGAAUAUAGAACAAAGAAAUGGAAUAGUAUUGAAGCAAUUUUACUCUAUUUUCACUUUUACUCCAUUUUGAAGGAAAAAUAAAGUUUUACAUUGGAGAUACAAUUUUACAGAGUAAAGAAGUUCAAAAAACUCGAUGAACUGUGUUUUCAGAAUUGAUUUUAAAAGUAUAAUUUGAUAUAAAAAAUUUCCAUGCUGUCUUUUUUUCUGUCUUGGUUCUUACUUACGUGAUCACAAAGUAUGCAUAGUAGAUGAGAUCAAUCGAUUAUUUGUUGGGGAAUGUUAGAUAUAAAGAUAGAAAAUCACAAGUGUAAGUUUUGUAGUAGAAGAGCAUUGGUUCGCGUAAAUAAAGAUCUGCUGAAAAAGGUUUUGAUAGUGCAGAGCAAUCCUCUGGUGAAGAGGAAACUAAUUAAAGUAUUAUUAGUCCUCCUCCUCUGAAAAUCAUAACUAAAAAAUCCAAAACGUUAUAUCCAUUUAUAUCAUAUCUACCUAUAAAUACUAAACUAAAAAUUAAAAAAAAAAUACAGAAACAUAGUGAUAUCAUAGACUUUUGUGUCAAAAUGUGCUAAAAAUAUUAUUUUACAAAGCGUAUGUCUAUUGUUGAACGUACGUGAGCACAAUGCUCAGCUGAAAAAUCAACCAGUUGUAAUUUUCUUUCCACGUGAAAGUUUACAAUAUAUAUUCAACAUAUCUAGUGAUGAUCAGCUUCUAAAUAUGUUAAGUUUUUCAGUCAGGUUCUUGUUCUUGAUCAGAAAGACGUCAUCACACAAAACACAGAGAAUCUAAAACAAGCGAAAAAAGAACGUGACACGCGCGCCACAGGCCCACAGUCGAGCCGUGGAAUAGAAUAUGUCACUAUAUUACUGCCUGAUAUUGCUGCACCUGCAACACACUAACUCCCUCGCAUCCAGCUGUGACCAAAAUUGAAUGAUGUCUACGUAUGCCCAUGAGAAAGUGUGGAACACGCACCUUUUUCUGGGACCCACUCAUUCUCAAGUGUCUGAAACUGACUCUUGCCUGCCCAAAGUAUCUUGUUUUUCUUUUGUAGCCUAAGCGACACGUGUUUAGUCUCACGUGGAUACUUUAAGAUGCUUUCUCGGUGACUUCUCCAUGACUCGAAUUCGGCGCUCAUCCACGUUUCCGUAUUUGUCUUAUAAGACCUCGUAAUAUUUAUUUAUUAUGACUAACAGCUCUUUUGUUUUGAUGCUUAAGAUUAUACCCUGUAUUUCUAAUACAAUUCCAGUUCAGACACCUUAGCCGAAUUAUAUUCUUUUUUUGGUUGGACGUAUUUUCCUGUUUUAUUACCUUCACAACUUUAUAAAAAUAUUUACAUCACGAGAUUUAGUUAUAUAUAAACUUUAGACUUUACUAUGUCGGUAAAAGUAUUUGGUCGAUUAAAUUUUUAUCUUUAAAAUUUCAAUUAAAUAGUUUAAAAUUUGUUAUAAUAAACUAAAGAAAUUCAGAGUCAUCUAUAAAUGUUCUUUGGCAGUGAAAAUAUUAAUAUGUCUUCAUAUCACGGUUUGAAUAUGGAUCGUUAUCUGAGACAUCUACGAUUUAAAACUUAAAGCUUAUUCCUUGUAUUUAAUAAAAAACUAUGGAGUUUUUGAACAUUCAAGUACAUAAUGAAUAACAAAUUAUUCAUUAUGGGUACAGCUGGUAGUCUCAAAUGAAUAUGGUAGCAAUAAGUAAACAUUAAAAACAAAUCUUUCUCCUUUUAUAUACUCCAUGGGAAUAAUGAUUGUAGAUAUUUUGAAUUUUCCCACUGAUAUUUUAUGAUGAAGCCACAAGAUUGUUACACACGUCCUCUUUGGUAUAAAGGAGCAGGUCUAAAUUCAACAAGCUUGGGACAGCAAGAAAGCAUGACAAUCCCACUUAUACUACAACACGUUGCAUAAUAUAGCUGUAACGAAACAGACGUACCCGUAUCGCCACGUGACUGUCAACAAUGCGUGUGACCAAACCUAUAACAAAGAGAUCAACGGGACGACCUUAAGAGCAUUUCAAUGGGAUAUUUUGGUGCGUAGAUCUUUUUUAUUAAAAAAAUUAAUAGAAUACAAUAUAGCUGGCCGGUUUGGUUGAUUGUAUAUUACAUACUUAAUUAGGAGACUACACUAUUUGCAAUAAUUUUUAACACGUAACCUUAAUUGUCUUGGAACUUCUUUCCCAUAUGAUGCUUCACGAGAUGGAAAGACAGCACUUUCGUUUACUCAAAAUAUUAUCUAAAAACUAGAGGCUAUAGAUUAGUCUAAAUAAUAUGAGAACAUUCAGAUAACACUCGAUUGUCCGUUCAGUUCUUAUUUAUUAUUCCAUACUUCAGUCGUUGUUGGACUUCAGGAUGCGUACGUUGAUGGUCUACAAAUUUAAUCUACAAUGUAUGCUUGUUAACACAUGUUAAGGGACUAUGAAAUGCAAAGCCAAAAUGCCUUAACAUGAAAUAUUACAAUUACUUAGAACAAAACUGUGCCUUUGUAGCGUUGUUAUAUAUAUUCUGAUUCUUUAAAGAUAUACUAAAUAAAUAGAUACAACUGUUAUCUAUUUAAUUGCGACUAGUUUUUGACAUCUGUGUACCGAUAAUAUUUAUUAUACAUCGCCGUGGAAUCGGCAUGCACCGUGACAUUUUCCCAACAUGCAAGCAUACGAUAUUUUUUUCUAUUUUUCAACAAUUUUCUAGUAUUAUUUGUCUUUUCCGUAUUUAGAAUUCAGAACCUGCGACGGCGGGACCUACCACAAUAUUCACUGUAAACUCUACUAUGAUUAAAUCAUGUGAUGUCAAUUGUUUAAACUAAUAGUGAACCAAAAUCACAAAGUGAUUACGGCCAUUAGUUUCCAUCACCUUUAUUUCAUAUAUAGAUGAUCGCUAGUAAUCAGUUUACCUGAAUGAAGUAACCGUUAACGAAAAAGAUUGAAAUGAACGUAAACCAAACCUAAAGUAAUAUAAGACUACACGAAAGUAAUUCUAAACCUAAAGAUACGUAUGCAAAAACCAUAUACAGAAAAUUUGUAGAUAUUAUUUAGCUUCAAGCCGAAACUUCCUUCGUUUGCGUUCAAGUUUAGAUCUGAUAUAUAGGAGGUUGCAGGCAGCCGAAGUCAAGUUAACAUGUUUACGAACCUCAACACACCAUGACCCAAACUUUAUCUAGCAAAGUGUAGAUCUAAUCUAGAAACCCAUGUCAUUGUUCAAUAUGUACGGAUAAAGUGGUAAGCAACAGAGGUUAAUCAUAAGGUUCCAUAAGCGAUGUCUUGAAAUAGUACGUAGACCAAUUUUCUACUUCUUGAAGUUUGAUCAAUUAAAGCUUUAGAUAUUGCCGUAACACAAUUCUUCCCUUGAUGUUUCAUAUGCUCACUCGCAUGCUAGAUUCUCUUUUAUCUAUGUGAAUAUUCCACGAAGAAGAAAAAAACGAACUAUCAAGCCUUUUUUUUGCGCAACCAUUACUAGUAUGCAUCAAAGUCUGCCACAUGAUUAGAGAUAUGAACAUGAUGGUUAACUAUGAUUUCAGAAGAAGCCGAGUGUUCGAUAUGUUGUGUACAUUCGUCGAUGGAGAAGAAAGUAACAAACUUCAAAAGAGUGAAUGAGUCGAUGGUAUUCGCGGGAAAUCGAGUGCGUACCUAUAAAGGCCCAAAAUGUCCCCAAAAGGCCUGCAAUCAGCUCACAGAGCAUAUCUACGAUUUGGCAAUCCAAGGUAUCAACAUGAGCAGGCCCGGCCUGAACAUGAGCGUCUUAAUUGAUACCUCAAAGUCAUCACUCAUCAGGAUUAGGAUCGUUUAUGCAUCAAAAGCAUAUCUCAACUUUGUUUCAAAUUAUAAGUAUCAAAAAGCGCAAAACAAAUUGUGAGUUGAGUUAUAUUGUAGCUUAUCACUAUAUACGUUCGACAACAAAUGCUUUCAUUUUAUUUCUAAUUCAUCUUAUUUCCCUUAACUAAUACUUUCUCAUUUGUUUCUAUUCCAUUUUGUAUAAUUUUAAGUUAUUUAACACACUAUUUGAUUAAAAAAAAGAAUAAGUUAUUUAACACAUUCACUAUGUUUAUAAAACUGAGAACCAGUUACCGCCUUGGAUGAUACUCAAUCUGUUACCAUGUAUUCGAAAGUUCUCUUAUCUUUGAGACUGAGGUUGUCUCCGACAUUUGUGUGUUUCAAUCACGUGUCAACCUCUUUUUCUAUUUAUGUAUGUUUAUCCCACAGUUGUCACUCAAAAACGGGAAAACCAAAAAAGGUAAAAAACAAAAAUAACUACUAAAAAUAAAAAAAAGUUCCAGCCACCGUCGGGGUAAUCCCGUAAAAUUUCUAACAAAACUCCAUUCCCACGGCGUAGGCAAGUGGGUAACUCUGUAAAUUAAAAUGAUCUCCGGUGAUGAAUAAGAUCCACUCCCUCACACCGGAGUAGAUUUCACGUUGUUCUCUUCUCACAUCCACAAAAAAAAAACAUGAAGCUGAAUCGCGGUUGCAGCGGAGAGCACGGCCACCACCACCACCACGAGGCCCUGAAGUUUUCAAAUUUCUUUUUCAUGCCGGAGCGGCCACGUGACUACCUCGUGCUUUUCACUCGCGUCUCCGUCCUCACGUGCCUCAUCUUCUCCGUCUCUCUCGUUCUCCGCAUCACUUUUCUAUCCUCCUCCUCCGCAUCGGACUAUUCCUCCUCUUACGGUCUCCGUUUCUCCGCCGUUCCUCAGAAAGCCUUAGCUCUCCCUCCGACAAGAUCCUUAGGUCCGAUUAAUAUCUCCCACGUUCAGUUCUGUAUAGCCGGAGCAGCUGAGACCUGGCUCGAUCGUAGCCGGUACACCUCCUUGUGGUGGCGCAAUACCACACGUGGAUUCGUCUGGCUCGAUAAACCGGUGAAGCUUCCGAAAAAUAACUCCGAUAACCGGUUCUCAAUCCCGGUUCGAGUUUCAGAUUCAGGCUGGACCCGGUUUAGAUUUUCCAGCUCGAGAGCCGCGGUUCGGAUCGCUAGGACUAUAUGGGAUAGUUACCAACUAAAGCUACCGGAUGUACGGUGGUUCGUCAUGGGAGAUGACGACACAAUCUUCUUUACAGAUAAUCUCGUGAAGGUUCUCUCGAAGUACGACCACGAGCAGAUGUGGUACAUUGGUGGAAACUCGGAGAGCGUCGAGCAGGACGUGAUGCACGCGUACGAUAUGGCGUUCGGCGGCGGCGGUUUCGCGAUUAGCCGUCCACUCGCGGCGCGUUUGGCAGGCGCGAUGGACGGUUGUCUCCAACGGUAUUUUUACUUCUACGGUUCGGAUCAGAGAAUCGCGGCUUGCGUUAGCGAGAUCGGCGUUCCGUUCACCGAAGAACGCGGGUUUCACCAACUUGACAUAAGAGGAGAUCCAUUUGGGUUUCUAGCAGCACAUCCAUUGACUCCCCUUGUAUCAUUGCAUCACCUCGGUUUCUUAGACUCAAUAUUCCCUAACAAAAAUCCUAUCGAGUCGCUACGAACCCUAACGAAACCUUACAACUUAGACCCGCAUCGAAUACUCCAGCAGGUUAACUGCCAUGACCGCAAGCGUCAGUGGUCCAUAUCCAUUUCUUGGGGAUACUCCAUUCAGAUAUACUCUUACUUCUUGAGCGCUAAGGAGCUGGAGAAGCCGUUGCAAACCUUCAAAACCUGGCGGUCUUUGAGAAAUGGACCUUUCACGUUUAACACAAGGCCCUUGAAACCUGACCCGUGUCAGCGUCCCGUCACUUAUUUCAUGGAUGGAGCAGAGGAUGUGCGGGAUAGUGGGACUAAGACUUGGUAUAGUGUAGGGGAUAAGAAUUAUGGUUAUUGCGGAAAGAGAGAGCAUUCUCGGGUAACUAGGGUGAAGAGGAUACUGGUGACUUCAAUGAAGAUGGCUCCUGAGUAUUGGAACAAGGCACCACGGAGACAGUGUUGCGAGGUGAUGGACGGAGGGGGAAGAAGAAAAGAGAAAGAAAUGUCGAUAAGGAUUAGAAAGUGCAGAUCUUCGGAGACGAUAUAAAAAAACAUUUUAAUUUAAUUACAGAGAUAUAUUUGCACAUACAGACUUUAGAUUCGACCAUAGAUUGGUGACUAAUUUCCUAGAACAAAGAGUAUGAAUCAUCCAUCACUAAACAUUUAUGUUGUGUAACUUAGUUAAAAUUGGCAUAAAACAGAAAUUCAUAUAUGUAUCUAUUUUUAUUCAGUAAAUUAAGUUUGGUUUCUUUUUUCAGUAAAUGUUUUUAGUAAUUAAACCCCUCAACUAAAGAUGAAUCGUAAAAUAAACCCUCAACUAAAAAUCCUGUGAAAUAAACCCUCAACUUCAAUUCCGUUAACAUAUGUUAUCUUCCGUCUAAAAAACCAUGAUGGAGGGUGACAUACAUUAACGGUUUGUAAGUUGAGGGUUUAUAAUGUUGAAAACUUAGUUGAAGGGUUUUUUUUACGAUU